CUUAUUGGUGGCUACAUUUAUAAUUCAACCACUUCGACCAGAAGCAGUAGGACCAAUGUGAAACUGAUGGGAGAUGAAGGUGAAAAAGCAGGACUGUCUUGACUGGGAACUUCAUAAACAGAGUUUCUCUUCUAUAUUAUGGAUCUUGCAGAAUUUCACUAGCUAACAUUUCAGGGGUUGGAAGGAAGAAACCAUAAUGAAAACUAAAACCCUUUACAGUUCUUCUCUCCUGCUCUUCUUCUUCUUCUUCUACCAUCACCUUCUCCAAACAUCACAUGCGCAGCCAGAACCCAAUACAACAGGCAUCACCUGCACAAAUCAGACAGCCAAUCCAUGCCAAACCUACGCCUUCUACCAAGCCACAGCUCCCGACUUCCUUGACCUGGCCUCCAUAGGUGACCUCUUUUCUGUCAGCCGCCUAAUGAUAUCAAAACCCAGCAACAUAUCCGCCCCCAACUCCACUCUCGUUGCUAGCCAGCCCCUCUUUGUUCCUCUUACAUGCUCCUGCAACUCUGCCAAUGUUAGUAACAUUUCCACAACCAUCUCCUAUGCCAAUCUCUCGUAUACAAUCAACUCAGGCGACACUUUCUACCUUGUCUCCACCAAUAAAUUUCGGAAUCUUACAACCUACCAGUCUGUUGAGGUCGUCAACCCCUCUCUCGUCCCUACCAACCUUGCUGUUGGUGCUAAUGUCAUCUUUCCCAUCUUUUGCAAGUGUCCAAACAGGACCCAGUUGCAAAAUCAAGUCAAUUACCUGGUGUCCUAUGUGUUCCAGCCUUCUGAUAACUUAUCAAUAAUUGCUUCAACGUUUGGAGUACAGCAACAGUCUAUAGUUGAUGUUAAUGGAGAUAAUUUCCAGCCUUUCAAUACCAUAUUCAUUCCGGUCAAUCGGCUUCCAGUACUGUCACAGCCUGCUGUGGCUCCUCCUCCUCCUCCUCCUCCUCCUGCUGCUGCUGCUGAAGAGACUGAUAAUCGGGAAGGGGUUGUUACAGGAUUGGCGAUUGGGUUGGGAAUUACUGGAUUUUUUCUACUUUUGCUUGGUGGGUUGUGGGUUUAUAGAGAGGCUGUGUUGAAGAACAGGAAGGGCCUGGAGGAAGAUAGGGAGAAGCAGAGGCAGCUGUUGGGUAUGGAAGGGAAGGGGUUGAAGAAAAUGGAGUCGAAUUUGAUGGCAGAUGUCUCAGAUUGCUUGGACAAGUACAGGGUGUUUAAGAUUGAAGAUUUGAAAGAAGCCACUGAUGGGUUCAGUGAGAGUUCUUUGAUUCAGGGAUCUGUGUACAAAGGUUGCAUUGAUGGGGAGUUUUAUGCCAUCAAGAAGAUGAAGUGGAAUGCCUAUGAGGAGCUCAAGAUCUUACAGAAGGUAAACCAUGGGAAUUUGGUGAAGCUAGAGGGCUUCUGCAUAGACCCAGAGGAUGGGACUUGCUAUCUAAUCUAUGAGUAUGUUGAAAACGGAUCUCUUCAAUUAUGGCUGCAUGGAAACAAGGAUGAAAAAUUGAACUGGAAAACAAGGUUACGAAUAGCUAUUGAUGUUGCAAAUGGUCUCCAAUACAUACAUGAGCACACCAGGCCAAGGGUUGUGCAUAAAGACAUCAAAAGUAGCAACAUUCUCUUAGACACAAACAUGAGAGCCAAAAUUGCCAACUUUGGGCUGGCAAAAUCCGGAUGCAAUGCCAUAACCAUGCACAUCGUUGGAACUCAAGGCUAUAUUGCACCCGAGUAUUUAGUUGAUGGGGUGGUGUCAACAAAAAUGGAUGUUUUUUCUUUUGGGGUGGUUUUGCUGGAACUUAUUUCUGGGAAGGAGGCCCUUGAUGAGGAGGGGAAUGUUUUGUGGGCAAAGACUAGUGGAAUUUUGGAGGGCAAUGAAGAGAGGAAGGCAAAUGGGGUGAAGAAAUGGAUGGAUGAUGUUCUGAAGGCAGAGUCAUGCUCCAUGGAUGGGGUGGUAAAUGUCAUGACCAUUGCCAUUGCUUGCUUGCAUAGAGAUCCAUCAAAGCGGCCAAGUAUGGUGGAUGUUACUUAUGGGCUGUGUAAGAGUGAUGAUUUGAACUUUGACAUCUCAGAUGAUGGGAUGUCAUCUCCACUGAUAUUGGCAAGAUAAUUCAAACAAUGGUACUUAUAGUCAACGACCUGUUUGAGUAUGCAAGUUGAUGGAAUUUGUGUAAGAAUAAUGUGAACAUUAGACUAGAUAUAUAGCACUAUUAGUUGUAUGUAUGAGAUUUUGAAAUGCAUUAUUAUUUUACCUUUUUACCAAGAAAAAAAAGUAGUGACUGAGUCAAGUUUGUGUU